GAUAAACUGGGAGAAAAAACUAAAGAGAUGCCUCCGUUGGACACCGCAAAGCCACCCUCUUGCCAGAACUCCAACUCUUUGGAAAACAACAUCAAAAGGUGUGCAUGACGAUAAAGGCGUAAGAUCUGGAAUAAAAGCAGUUAAUCUGGGUUCCAAGCCACACACAGAGAGAGGAACACACAGAGAGAGCGACAGAACACAGACCUCCACACUGAUCAACUCCAAGGUUCAACAGCACCUUUUAAGUCACCAGAGAACCGACAACCAACCGGAUCAGCAAGAGGAAAACACGGUUUCUGUUUCUUACCCUUCAUUAAGCUGAAUCCAACCUCCAGUGGACCAUUGGAUUAACACUGUGAUAGAUCUAAUUUUGUUCAAUCGCAAACAACUUUGGAUAGUCCCUGUGGACACAACAACAGUACCACUCCUCUCCAUGGCGGAUACUGGGCUCUCCAGGUUGGAGGCUACCUUUAUCACCCGGAUCCCCUUCCCCCUGCUCUCCUUGCUGCUCCUGCUGUGGCCCCUGUCUGGGCAGGGCAGCCCCAUCUCCCUGGCCCCAGAGAGGCAUCACCCUGCUCCCGGGCUGGGGGACAGCCACGGGGGAGUCAUAGACCCAUCUCUGUUGGAGCAGGACAGUGAUGUGGACAUGCAGACCCUGCUUGUGAAUCUGAGAGGCCAGUUUCUCCGGACCUUCAACCUGUCUGGCCUGGGCCCUCCUGCCCAGCCACCUGGCAGUGCCCGCGUGGAGCCUCCUGAGUACAUGAUGGAGCUGUACAACCGCUUCGCCAAUGACCGCACUGCCAUGCCCACCGCCAACAUCAUCCGCAGCUUCAAGAACGAAGACUCGCCUCCCUGCAGUUUGGGUAGUGGAGGGGUGAGACGACACCCUCUGCUCUUCAACGUAUCCUUCCCCCACCAUGAGCGCAUCACCGCCGCACAGCUGCGUCUCUACACCCUGGUCCAGACCGACCGCAACCUCUAUGCUGGGGUCGACCGCAAGGUGACCAUCUACGAGCUAGAGCAGCAGGAUGGAACAGGGGAGGACAACAGAACAGGGGAGGACACUGAGAAAGGAGGAGGAGGUGGAGGAAGGGAGCAGUUAGUGGAGCUGGCAUCACGGCAGGUCUAUGGUACUGAUAGCGGCUGGGAGGCCUUUGACCUGACCGCUGCUGUCCAAAGCUGGCGCAAAUCAGAGUACGGCACCACCCACAGGCUGGAGGUGCACGUAGCAAGCCUGGCCUCUGAGGGGAAAGGAGGGCAGGCACUGGCAGAGGGCGAGGGAGAAGGAGAGGAAGAGGGGAGGAGGACAUUCAGAGGAGACAUGGAGAUAGACACCAGCCCAGAGGACAAACACAAACCCCUGAUGAUCGUCUUCUCCAAUGACCAGAGCGGUGAUCACCGUGAUGACAAGCAGGAGCUGAACGAGAUGAUUGGACACGAGACUUCAGAGGCGGUGCUUCAGGGUGACCUGGGGCUGGGGCUGAAUGGGCUAUGGGGGGAGCUGAGCCGGGCGGAGGGCCAGGAAAAGGAGGGAGAUGAGGAGGAGCAGGAUGAAGAGGCCCUGAUCCAGAUGCGCUCUAACCUGAUCUAUGACACAGCCUCUAGGAUCCGCCGCAACGCCAAGGGCAAUCAGUGCAAGAAACAGUCCCUCUAUGUGGAGUUUGAAGACAUCGGCUGGGACAGCUGGAUCCUAGCGCCGGCCGGGUACGAGGCCUUCGAGUGCAGCGGCGUCUGCACGUACCCACUGACAAAACACGUGACGCCCACCAAGCACGCCAUUGUCCAGACGCUGGUGAGCAUGAAGAGCCCGCAGAGGGUGGUGCGGGCCUGCUGUGUGCCCACCAAGCUGGAUCCUAUCUCCCUGCUUUACCUGGAUGACACAGGAGUGGUCACGUACAAGUAUAAGUUUGAGGGCAUGGUGGUGGCAGAGUGUGGCUGCAGAUAGCUAGUCCACAUACCCUGCUAGUCAUAUGGACAUGGAGAGAGACAGUGGUGAAGAGAAAUUACAGGGUGUGGUUGGAACAAAGCAAAAACUAAGAACAAAAUGGAGGCAUUAGAAUCCACAGACUCUGAAUUGUAUCUGGUAUCACCAUUGGAAACAGUUGAGAAGAGAAACAAAAAAGAAGAGAAUAGUUUAGGUGAGCCUUGACAGGAGCCUUGACUAUGAGUCAUCUAAACUCCUACACUUUGUACAUUGUAAAUGUAUAUUUUGUAUUUCAGGAAAAUGUAUAUGUUAUUUUGUAUAGUACAACGUCUAUGAAACCAAUUCAUCAUUCUGUAAGAGAAGCAGUUGGAUGCUGAGGAAAAAAGGAUGGACCUUCAUAAAUAAACUGUCCUUAGUUCUCUCUAAGGAUUUUAGCCACACAGCACCCAGGCAUACAGUCCUGUCCAGUAGGCCUAGCUGGUGGGACCUGACAGGUGGAGCGUUAGCCUAGCUGGUGGGACCUGACAGGGGGAGCGUUAGCCUAGCUGGUGGGACCUGACAGGGGGAGCGUUAGCCUAGCUGGUGGGACCUGACAGGGGGAGCGUUAGCCUAGCUGGUGGGACCUGACAGGGGGAGCGUUAGCUCUCCUCCUCUGACACUGAUCUUCCAACUUAUGUCUUCCUCUCCACUUAUCUCUGUUCUCCCCCUCCCUGGACGCUAACACUAAUCCACACUUCAUUUAGCCUGUCUCUCUAACAGUAAUAGCAACAGGCCUCCCAAGGGGAAACACAAACCUGACUGGACUGGACUUCUGCUAGGGGCCUGCCCUCAUCCUCACCCCCACCACCUCCCCCUGGCACUUAGGACAGUGGGCUGAGGUCAGAGGUUAGGGUGGACUGGGUUAUCUCCCUCACCGGACCCUCACCUACUUUCCCACAUUGUCCUCAGAGAGUCAGUCACAUGCCAUGCGAGCCACUCUCUCCCACUCCUCUGCGCCGAUAGGGAGGUGUUGGCGCUGAGAAACAUGUGCUCUGCCACU